CCACUGCAGGAAGGCAGCCGAACCCUCCGCCCGUGAUGGAGGAGCGGAUCUGAUCCUAUUUUACCGGCUCCUCCGACAAAUAUGCUGCUCGAACAAACCCGGUUUCAACAUAAAAUCACCGGAACCACCGACUAAUUGAUAUGUGAACUGAAUCAGGUGGCAGUCAGAUCCAGUAAAGUCACAGUCAUGUACUCUGAGUGGCGGUCUUUACACCUGGUGGUCCAGAGCGAUCAGGGUCACCUGAGUGUUUUGCACACUUACCCAGCCGGUGUGGGUCGAGACGUGGCAAACGCUGUGGUUCGGCCCCUGGGAAACAGCCUUGGAGGAGUGCCGUCUGAGUGCCUUCUCAAGACUGACAAGGAGGUGAAAUGGACCAUGGAGGUGCUGUGUUACGGCCUGACGCUCCCUCUGGACGGAGACACAGUUAAGUUGUGUGUGGACGUUUACACUGACUGGAUCAUGGCGCUGGUGUCUCCGAGAGACUCCAUCCCGCAGCCCAUAAUCAAAGAGCCUGACCUCUACGUCCAAACCAUCCUCAAACACUUGCACAACCUAUUCCUGCCCAGACCAGAGAACUUCAGCCUGGUGCACUUUAAACUGUGUCAGCAAGUGUUGUCGGCAGUGCAGAAACUGGCGCGAGACUCGUCCAGCAUGGCCAGAGAGACCUGGGAGGUGCUGCUGCUCUUCCUGCUGCGCAUCAAUGACACGCUCCUGGCCCCGCCCACUGUGGGAGGAGGUAUAGCUGAGAAGCUGGCAGAGAAGUUGAUAAGUGUGUUGUUCGAGGUUUGGUUUCUGGCCUGCACGCGCUGUUUCCCCACGCCGCCCUACUGGAAAACUGCCCGAGAGAUGCUGGCCAACUGGAGGCAUCAUCCUCCGGUGGUGGAGCAGUGGAGUAAAGUCAUCGCCGCACUCACGUCCAGGCUGCUGCGGUUCAUGUACGGUCCGUCAUUUCCUCCAUUUAAAGUGCCAGAGGAGGACGCCAGUCUCAUCCCAGCAGAGAUGGACAAUGACUGCGUGGCUCAGACGUGGUAUCGCUUUCUACACAUGCUCAGUAACCCCGUGGACCUGAGCAAUCCCGUCAUAGUGAGUUCCACCCCGAAGUUUCAGGAGCAGUUAUUGGGUGUUAACAGUGUUCCUCAUGAGGUGAUCCAGCACCCCUGCCUGAAACAGCUGCCUCAGAUCUUCUUCAGAGCCAUGAGGGGCAUCAGCUGCCUCGUCGACGCUUUCCUCGGUGUUGCUGUUACUCAGAAACUUGAGUGUCGUGAAACUCUGCCCUCUUCUGGAGUCACAGUGUCUAGGAGCAAUAUUCGAGACAGACUUCCCUCUAUAGGUGUUGCGGUAUCUCGGAAUAAUCUCAGAGAAAGGCUGCCGUCUUAUGGUAUAUCCCGCCCCCGCUCUGACAGUGCUCCGCCCACUCCUGUCAAUAGGCUCAGUAUGCCGCCGCCCCCAACGACAACCAACACCACACCGCCUCACAACCGCAGGCACCGCCCCACUGCUGUCGCCAAAACAACCAGCAAAUCCUCAACGACUGGCCAGACCAGAGUGUCACACCAGCCUUCGUCCACAUCUCCUCUCUCCAGCCCAAACCAGACGAGCUCCGAGCCCCGUCCGCUCCCGGCUCCGACCCGGCCCAAAGUCAACAGUGUGUUAAAUCUGUUCGGCCAGUGGCUGUUUGAUGCUGCGCUGGUCCACUGUAAACUGCACUCCGGCCUGAGCAGAGACAGCAGCAUGACCGCACUGGCCACUCAAGCUGGAGUUGAGCUGAGGCGUAAAGGCUCUCAGAUGUCCACCGACACCAUGGUCUCCAACCCCAUGUUUGACGCCAAUGAGUUUCCUGAUAAUUAUGAGUCCGGUCGAGCUGAAGCAUGCGGAACGCUCUGCAGGAUCUUCUGCAGUAAGAAAACAGGAGAGGAGAUCCUUCCUGUCUACCUGUCCAGGUUCUACAUGGUGCUGAUCCAGGGUCUUCAGAUUUCAGACUUCAUCUGCAGGCCGGUUUUAGCCAGCAUCAUCCUGAACUCUUCUGCUCUGUUCUGCUCCGAUCUCAAGGGAAUCAAUGUAGUGGUUCCCUACUUCAUAUCUGCACUGGAGACCAUCCUGCCGGACCGAGAGCUGUCGAAGUUUAAGUCUUAUGUGAAUCCUACUGAGCUGAGAAGAGCCUCCAUCCACAUCCUGCUGUCCAUGCUUCCGCUUCCUCACCACUUUGGCAACGUCAAAUCAGAGGUUCUGUUGGAAGGGAAAUUCAGCAACGAUGACAACUCUCUCCACGACAAGGCGGUCACCUUCCUCUCCCUGAAGCUGCGAUUGGUCAAUAUUCUGAUCGGUGCCCUGCAAACAGAGACAGACCCGAUCAAUACACAGAUGAUACUGGCGGCGAUGCUGAAUAUCGUCCAGGAUUCUGCUCUGCUGGAGUCUGUUGGUGCUCAGGCUGAAGUGGGCAGUGUGGAUGGCAGUCAUUCUCUGGCUAAGAGUCACAGUCGUAAUAACAGUGGCAUCAGCAACGCCAGCGCAGGCAGUUCAGAAGCCACCACUCCAGACAGCGAACGCCCGGCACAGGCCCUGCUGAGAGACUACGCUCUCCACACAGACACUGCGGCCGGGCUGUUGAUCCGCAGCAUUCACCUGCUCACACAAAGACUCAACUCUCAGUGGAGACUCGACAUGAGCAUCUCUCUGGCGGCGCUCGAGCUGCUCGCGGGACUCGCCAAGGUGAAGGUGAGCGUGGAGUCGUCCGACCGUAAGCGUGCCGUCAGCUCGGUCUGCAGUUAUAUUGUGUAUCAGUGCAGUCGUCCUGCUCCGCUUCAUUCCAGAGAUCUGCACUCCAUGAUCGUCGCUGCUUUCCACUGUCUGUGUGUGUGGCUCACCGAACACCCCGACAUGCUCAAUGAGAAGGAUUGUCUGAUCGAGGUGUUGGAAAUCGUGGAGCUCGGCAUCUCUGGCAGCAAGUCCAAAACAGGCGAACAGGAAGUGAAGUAUAAAGGAGACAAAGAGCACAACCCUGCAUCUAUGAGAGUCAAAGAUGCUGCAGAGGCAACGCUAUCAUGUAUAAUGCAGGUUUUGGGUGCAUUCCCGUCUCCCAGCGGUCCCGCAUCGCCCUGCAGUCUGCUGAACGAGGACACGCUCAUCAAAUACUCCAGACUCACCUCCACAUCUCACAGCAACUUCAGAUACUUCGUCCUGGAUAACUCCGUCAUCCUUGCCAUGCUGGAGCAGCCGCUGGGGAACGAACAGAAUCCCUGUCCGUCUGUCACCAUGUUGAUAAGAGGUAUGUCUGGCCGACACGCAUGGACGAUGCAGCUCUUCCAUCAGCCUCGAGGAGCAAGAGCCAAUCAGAAGCAAGUGUUUGUUCCUGAAAGUCGACCCACUCCCAAAAAUGAUGUUGGGAUUCGGUUUAAUGUCAAGCACAGACCGUUCCCAGAAGAAGUAGAUAAGAUUCCCUUUGUGAAAGCCGACCUGAGCAUCCCAGAUCUCCAUGACAUCGUGGAUAAAGAGUUGGAGCAGCAGCAUGAUAAGCUGCGAGUGGUGAUGGGGAAGCAGAUCGAUUACGAGACCAAACUAGAGCACUAUACAGAGGACUUGUGGAGGAAUAAAGCCUUCCCAGACCCACUGACCGACUGUAAACCACCAGCUCCUGCUCAGGAGUUCCAGACUGCUCGCCUUUUCCUGUCACACUUUGGCUUCCUGUCACUAGAGGCGCUCAAGGAGCCUGGAAACAGUCGUCUUCCUCCUCACCUCAUCGCUCUGGACUCAUCAGUGCCGGGUUUUUUCGAUGACGUGGGAUAUCUGGACCUGCUGCCGUCCCGGCCGUGUGACACCGUCUUCAUCUUCUACAUGAGAGCAGGACAGAAGAGCAGCCAGGAGAUCUUGAGGAAUGUGGAGUCCUCCGCAAACGUGCAGCCGCAUUUCUUGGAGCUUCUGCUGUCUCUGGGCUGGCCGGUGGAGGUCGCUCAGCAUCCGGGCUGGACGGGGAGUGUGUUCACCAGCUGGACCAUCAACACAUCCAACGGCGCUGACACACCAGAUGACUCAGUGACUCUGGGUGACACCGGCGGUGGUGUGUUUAACGGAGAGAAGCGGGUUCUCUAUUACGCAGACGCUCUGACAGAAAUCGCUUUUGUGGUGCCGUCUCUCAGCGACUCCUCUGCGGAGUCAUCAGAGCACAGUUUCCCCACCGCAGACUCCGACUCUCAGAUGGAGCUGCUGCCCAGUUUACUCAAACAACCCAACCUCACGCUGGAGCUCUUCCCAAACCACUCUGACAACAUGGGCCCUGCGCAACGGUCGCCUACAGCAAAAAACAAGAAGUUGCCGCCUGGGAGGACGAUACCGCCACUGGGACCCGACACUAAAGUGUUGGUGGUGUGGGUUGAGCGAUACGACGACAUCGAAAACUUCCCUGUGUCAGAGUUACUAGCGGAGACCAGCACCGGUGUGGAGACGGCCGUCAAUAGCAGCGCAUCCAGGUCCAGCUCCUCAGAGAAGGACGUCCCCAUAGUGUUCAUCCAUCCGCUGAAGACCGGCCUGUUCCGCAUCAAACUGCAGGGCGCUCUGGGAAAAUUCAACAUGGUCAUUCCUCUGGUGGACAACAUGGUGGUCAGCAGGAGAUCACUGGGUUUUCUGGUGCGUCAGACUGUAAUUAAUGCGUGUCGGCGGAAGCGUCUGGAAAGCGAUUCCUACAGUCCUCCACACGUGCGGCGGAAACAGAAGAUCGCCGAAAUUGUGAACCGUUACAGAAACAAGCAGCUGGAGCCCGAGUUUUACACCUCGCUCUUCCUGGAGGUCAACGAGACCAGCCUCAAACCCUAAACAAACACAAACCCCGCUGGAGUCGAGGCCACGUUUUCUGACUUUUUAUAUCAGUUUGGUCAAAUCUUUCCUCCACUACACCAUCGCCGCACACUUGACGGAGGAUUGCUGAUCCAUUGGUCAAAAGCAAUCCUCAAUUUACUGAAGAAAUCUUAAUCUCAUGAAGAAUCAAAGUUAAAUUUCACUCCAAAAUAAAUAAGGAUAUAUGAAGAGUUCAGAUGCAAAAACCUGUUGAUAAAUAAAAGUGCCGUCUGAAAUUUACAUCAAAAAGGAACAUUUUUUUCAGUCUCCUUUGUUUAUGUUGAGAUAUUUCACUUUAAAACCCGGGAAAAGGACUUAUUCUUUGCCAUAAAAGUGAUAUAACUGAACAUACACACAGGAGCCUGAUAAAAAUACCCAUUUUAGAGGAACAUUUCAGAUGCCAUUUAGAGGUUUUUGCAUCUAAACCCUUCAUAUGUAUAUAUGGAUAUAUAUUUGCAUAUUUUGCAUAAAGAAAUUAAAGCCUUUUAGGUUAAAUAAGAUUGUGAUUAUAAUUUUGGUCGUUUUCAUUAUUAUCAAAAUUGAUUCUCUUUCUUUGCCUUCCGUUAAUGAGUAUGAGUAAUAAAUGCGUGUCGGUGGAAGCGUCAAGAGAGCGAUUCCUACAGUCCUCCACACGUGCGGCGGAAACAGAAGAUCGCAGAAAUCAAGAACCGUUACAGAAACAAACAGCUGGAGCCCGAGUUUUACACCUCGCUCCUCCUAGAGGUCAUUGAGACCAGCCUCAAACCCUAAACAAUAUUUUAGCAUAAAGGAAUUAAAACCUUUUAGGUUAAUUAAGAUUGUGAUUAUGAUUUUGGUCAUUUUCAUUAUUAUCAAAUAUGAUUCUCUUUUUUUUUUUUUUUUUUUUGCAUUCCGUUAAUGAGUAUGAGUAGUCAAAAUCAAGAUAAAUAUUUGUGCAAAACUGUUUAAUAAAUAAAUGUUAAGAAAUUAAAUGAACAAGCAUUAUUUAUAAAUAAGUAGAUUUAUUAUAUCUAAAUAAUUAAUAUAUAG